AUGUUCGCCCAACAGUACGAUCAUUCGUUCAAUGACUUGUUCAACCAAUACGUCAACAUGGAGACUUCAGCUGCUGAUGGCAAAGAUUCUUCAUUGUCCGGUGAUUUUGACCAGCUUUUCCCGCUUGACUCACUAUCAAGUGACUGUGGCGAUAUCUCUCCCACUGUCUCCACUUCUAAACUCCAUCAAUCACCGCAACCCUGGAGUAAUGAGUGGUCCCUGCAGGACGACGGAGCUGCCGGCGAUCAUUUUGCUUUCCAUGACACCGUCCACCCUUCCACCAUCUCAGACAUUGAUCUGAACAACUUUGAAGUUUCCUCCCGUCCUACAGCAACAAACGGCCUGUCCACAUCGCCGUCUACUCCUCCUGCUACUCCUAGACGCAAAGCUACCCAAAGCGCUCUCAUCACUCCCAAGUCUAUCCGCCAUCGCAGCCCGAAUGAGCGUCGCUCGCUGCUGCGCAAGCAAAGUUUCUCCCCCAGCUUGUUGCGUUCUUCCAACCUUUCCAAGGGAAGGAUGGCAUACCCUGAGGGUUGGGCCCAGCGACUCCAGAACUUCAGUCUCCAUGGCUCAGAAGAUCGUCUGCCGUUGUCACCCCCUCCAUCAGACGUUCUCAUUCAGCAUGAGAAUCUACCUACCGACCAAACUAUGAACCAGUCCAGAGAAUCGGCAGAGAUGCCUCCUCAAUAUGACGCAAGACUGUUCCAGUCACCCUCAGUCUCAAUGCCAUCACCAAAUGCCGCCAUCGCAGCCCGCCAACAGCAACAAUAUAUUGCUCACCCAAGCUCAUCUACCUUGACAAACUCCAGCCCUCCCUCUGCAGACGAUAUCUUCUCUUCAUCUCACUCAUCUGACCCUCAAUCUCUCUCCUCUUGGCAAUCCGAUCCUCUUCAUGCCUCAUCUAUCUCCUUCACUCCUGAUCUCCAUGGCCAAGAUGCCCAAUGGUGGUCACCCAUGCCUUCUCGCGUGGCUCAGCAACACGCCUCAUACCUUACAUCCCCCACACCCCACCGCUCCAUGCAAAGCGUUGGAAGCCAACAUGAUAUGAUGCAGGGAGGCCUCAUGAUCCAAUUCGACCCCUCCUUUGAUAUGUCUGCGGACUCAUCAUUCUCAUCAUCUAAUAUGCUCCCCGCCCACACCCAAAAAUUCGUCACACCAUUCACUACUUCCCAAGUCCACCACUCCCGCUCACCAUCUCUCUCCCCCAAAGCUGGCACUUCACCAAAGGACACCCGAAAUGGAUCCAUCUCCAAACCCACACAUCGCCGCACUCACAGCCGCAAGCUCUCCGGCCAGAGCAUGAACGGCCCCAAGCCAGCCAAGGCAUCUGGCUCAUCCCCCCGAGGCGCAAACAAGUCUGUCAGCGUAUCGUUCGUCAACUUUACCGCCCAUGACAGCAAGAAGAUCCUGACCGGUGUUGCCCCAUCCGGCAGUUCGAAAACCAAGGCUCGUCGCGAGCAAGAAGCCCGUGAUAGACGUCGCAAGCUGAGCGAGGCCGCAUUGAGGGCUGUGCGCAGCGCCGGCGGCGACGUCGAAGCUCUUGAAGCUGUUCUAUGUUAA